AUGGAGAUCAAGGAAACCUUCCAAGUCGAGUACCUCGCUUACGAUCCGAUCGAAUCGCCAUACUUCAAGGUGGUCUCAGUUACCCGUUUUGGUUGGACGCCCGAGCCUGGAGAUUUUCUCUACGGCAGUUCUAGUGUUCCACUAGACCCUGAGAUAGAACAAUCUGAGUGGCCACCAUCUGUAUGCAUCUUACAUGUGUUCUCAUCGAGAACUAGACAGUGGGAGGAAAGGUCUUUUGUUCGAGAAGGUGAUUCCAUGGGGAUCGUGUCUGAAAUGAGACGGGACUGGCCAACCGAACAACGCAAUGCUGUGUACUGGCGAGGAGCGUUGUAUGUGCAUUGUCAAACUGAUUAUGUUAUGAGAAUAUCUUUGUCGAGUGAUAAGUAUCACGUGAUUAAACCACCACCAGGUAUUGAAGUAAAACACUAUCCACAGUUUUAUCUAGGGAAGUCAUCUAAUGGGGUUUAUUGUGCGUCAAUCAAGGGAGGCUGCAGAGUUCAAGUUUGGAACCUUGAUGAAUCAAGCUGUCAAAUGGAGUGGGUACUGAAGCAUGACAGGGACCUUUCUAAGUGGUUGUUGAAGAAUAAGCUUAGUAUCGACCACGUGCAGAUUAUGGUCGAAAAAUCCAAGGACCUUGGGCCUUGCAGGAUAUUAAUUACUAUUACGAUAAUCGCAAUAGAGAUCAUGAUAUGGAAGCACCAACAGAAGAGAAAAUUGAAUGGGCCUCACAAGCAGCUGAAGACGAGGAAUUUACAUGGAGCUCUGAUGAUGAAUGUGGAUCCGACGGUGGGUUGGAGAUUCUUGGGUUUCAUCCAUGCAAAGAGAUUAUCUUCUUGA